AUGGAGCAAGAUCUUAUCGACGAUGCAAUGGGAAUAACGCCAAUGGCGGGCCUUCAAACGCCACAAAGUCUAAAGCUAAGGUUUGCUGCAAGGCUUGGACGUUUACUGCGUUUGGACGUCAGCAUUGAAGAGGGGGUCAAUAAGUGCUCUGUGUUUAUCACUCUUACCAACGAAAAAAAUGCCACGAAAAGGAGUGAGGAGUCACAGGUUACGAUUCGUUCGUUUCUUGAGACCCUUGAGAAUACCAUGAGUUGUAUUGCCAAAAAUUUGGAAAGCCAACGGUCCUGUGGGAAGCUGCGGGACGAGCUCCUUAUCUUCACCUAUGAGGACAGCAAAUCCACCAUCGAAGAAAUCUCCCGGAUUUUCGAAGAUAACCAGGGACUAUACGAUGACAUGCGAGCUUGGAAACCAGCUGAUAUACCUUUACCAAAAAGUCCGGUCUUACAACAGCUCCAUGAAGGAAACAAAUUCCCUGAUAAACUUUGGCUCGCAGAUGACGCGGGUCAUCAUGCACCUACAAGACAGAUUACGAGGUUUAAUUGGCAGCUCUAG